AUGUCACCAAACCAAGCUCUCCUUAGUCAACAUCCCUGUCAAUGGAAGCCUGGACCUCCUGGGUAUUACUUUCGACAGCAAGAUACGAGGGAGAAACUAGUAGUGCGGCAAGUCUAUAAUACUCCUGGCCAUAUUAACUAUCACAUGAUAUUUGCCAUUCAGCUUCGCUACUCCUUGUCGGAAGCCGAUGCCGAAAGCAGAGUUCGCAAGGCUUGGAUUUGGCUUCGGUGUGCCCAACCAUCCAUCGCAGCUGUUGCCAAAGGAACACAGAUGACCUACACGGUCCUCCUUCCUGAAGAUGUGGAUGCCUGGGCCGCCAAGACCUUCUUUGUUCACAAAUCAGCGGAGUCAGCUCUGUCCUUAUCCGCAAAGCUGGCACCAGUGAGCGAAAUGCAGUUGCAUUUCUUACCUACAACGAAAGAGCUAGUUAUUUGUACGUCACAUGAGCAUGCCGAUGGACAUGGGGUGCUCAUCCUGUUAAAUGCGACGGUCAAAGCCAUAGCCAUGCCAUCUGCAGCGCAGUUUGAGAGGCAAGCAGAACGCCUAUCGCCACCACUAGAUGUUGCAGCUGAUAUUCCUACUGUAUCCUCUGAUAUGAUACACUGGACAACAGACUUGCUGCAAAAGCGGAAGGCAAGAGCAGCUCGUCCACUGUACAUUUUAGCAGAUCGUCCGGGACCGGGCGUCAACGAAGUCAGUACUUUACGCAUGGUAAUGUCCGACAAAGACUCUGCGAAUAUACUCAGAUCGGCAAAAUUCCACAAGGUUUCCGUUAACGAUCUGAUGAAUGGCGCAGUGGUUAUGGCAACAAAGAAAUGCGAGCAUGUCCGUGACGGCAACUGGCUAGGGGGCGUAACAAUGGACGCUAGGCACUUGUGCAAGCCCCCCUUCAGUAGCCAAGAACACGCGGCUACUAUUUACUUUGUUGCAUGCCCCUCGUAUAUUGAUAAUCCUGGAUCGAUACUGGAUGCAGUGAAUCAGAUUCAGAAACAGCGCCUUGCAUUUCAGGAGAACCCUGAAGCGCUUCGGAUUUCACAGCUGAUGCUUGAUCUGGUAAGCUUAAGUAACAAUAAGCUUCACAGUACAAGCCCUAGUGAAAAAACUCAGUCUCAGGUGGAAUACAGUGGUUUAGGAAAGUUGGAUGUCUGGUUAGCACAAGCCCACGGGGACGUGGAGAUCAUGGACUUCUGGCUUAGUCUUGGUCACUACACAGCCGCCAUCGGGGUGUAUUGCUACACUUACCGAGAUCGUCUCAGCUUUACGCUUAGUUACAACUCCGGUUUCCACAGUGAGAGGAGCAUGGAAUCAUUUAUGCAAGCCCUGAAGACCACCAUCAGCGAGUUCAUUACUGGCUAUGCGGAGGAAAACGCCAAACCUUGUUGA